CAAGUUGGAGUUGACGUCUCCAAAGAACACACGACAAUUUUCAAAUAUUCUCCAACAACUGCAGCUGCAAAGUCCAAAGGUAUUUACUGCUCAUGAAGCUCUACAAUACACUUACUAACUGAUCUUUUGCAGAAAACGAAACAUAUACAAUAUUGUCAAGCUUCAACAACUUCCAAGAUGACGCUCUACUACAGUCUCGUCUUCAUGCUACUUGUAGCAGAGAUGGGCCUUUUCGUCCUUCUCAUCGUGCCCCUCCCGUUCAACUGGAGGCUCAAGCUAUAUACGUUCAUUUCCGAAAGUCCUGUCAUAGCCAAAGUACAACACGGUCUGAAGAUAACGUUUAUCUUCAUCCUUAUCCUGUUCUUAGACAGUGUAAACCGUGUGUACCGAGUCCAAGUUGAACUCGCCCUGGCAACUGAGCAAUCGCAAACUGGAGCUGUUCUCGGACAUGAGCGCAUGGAAGUUCAGGCCCGCAAGUUCUACUCUCAGCGCAACAUGUACCUCUGUGGCUUCACGCUGUUCCUGUCUCUGAUUCUCAACCGCACAUACCUGAUGAUCAUGGAGACCCUGAGACUCGAGACCAAGCUCAAGCAAUACCAAGGUGACGCAAAGGCCAGCGGCAAGGACGCCCAGAAGCUUGAGGAGGCUGGCGGUAUCAACGAGAUCGGAAACCUGAAGAGGAAGCUCGCCCAGAAGGAGCAGGACCUCGAGAAUCUGAAGAAGCAGUCUGCCGGUCUUACCCGGGAGUACAAUGAGCUCAGCGAUAAGUACGCUUCUACACAAUCUACCGAGACCCUACCAAAGAAGGAUAGGUAAAUGGUAAAUGCAUGUGCAAACCAAAAGAAGCUGGGCCUGGGCGCGGCCGAAACUGGGGUGUUGAGGGAAGAGAUGGCCAUCGGUACAUGUAAGGAGUAGAAGGCGCGGUGAGAUAGCGCCUUGUGGAUAAACAUAGAUUGGAGUAGGGAUAUAAGCUACACAUAAGUAGGAAAAAGGACAAUCUUUUUGUCCCUCUUGUCAGCAAUGCUUGUGGGUACAUGUACACGAAAUGAUAUUUUGGGGAUUAGCGGUCACAAUGUAUUGAUAUCUGGACGU